AUGAGUUAUUUUGAAGGGGCUUCCACCGCGGCUGACCCAUCGGAUGCAUCGAUUGGUGUUGAUUCCGAUACUUGGCAGCUGCCUCUUCCUUCGGGAGAAUACGAGGUGUUUCUGAACUUCAGAGGCCCGGACACUCGUUAUCAGAUCACCGAUAUCCUUUAUCGGUUUCUGGUUCGCUUGAGGAUUCGAACAUUUUUAGACGAUGAGAAUCUCCGGGAAGGGGAAGGGAUAUGGCCAAGCCUCGUCGAGGCCAUCGAGCAAUCGAAGAUUUACGUUCCGAUCUUCUCGGAGGACUACGCCAACAGUAAAUGGUGCCUCAGAGAGCUGGCCGCUAUUGUUGAACGCCAAAAACACGAGGAGGGUUGCAUCAUACUCCCCAUUUUUUACAUGGUCAAUCCCAGCGACGUACGACAUCAAACCGGUCCUUUCAAGCAGGCAUUUCGAAAGCGCUCGAGGAGUUUUGAUGAGAGGACCGUACAGGAGUGGAGAGAUGCUCUGAGUAAAGUUGGAGCUCUGAAAGGAUGGCAUGUCGAAAGCAACGAUAAGCAGGGAGCUAUUACGGAUCUUGUUUAUAGCAUUAUAUGGUCACAUCUAAGCAAGAGCAUAUAUGUAGUAGAGACUGACAAAUUGGUUGCAAUAGAUGAUCAUAUAGAAGCAGUAAAAGAAAGGAUGGAACUCGAUUCUGCAAGUGUGGGAGUGGUUGGAAUUCAUGGUAUUGGUGGUAUCGGUAAAACCACCAUUGCAAAGGCAGUUUACAACAAAAUAUCAGGUAGUUUUGCUCGCUGUAGUUUUGUGGACGACGUACGAGAGACACUAGAGCAGAGGGACGGUAUUAUUAGUUUGCAGAAGAAAAUAAUUUCGGACGUUAUGAGACUGACAACCGUUGAACCUAUCACUAGUGUCAGUGACGGAAUCAGAAUCAUACGUGAGAGGGUGUCUCGAUUCAAAGUGCUCAUUAUCCUCGAUGAUGUGGACGAGAAAUCUAAACUCGACGAAAUAUUAGGAAAGUUCGAGAAUUUCGCAUCUGGAAGCAGAUUUAUCGUUACUUCUAGAAACGUUGAAAUCGGGGAUGGCAAUCAGUUUCAAAUGCACGAUCAACUUAGGGAUCUCGGUGUAAACAUUGUCCAUCGAGAAAAUGUUGAAAAUCCAUUGAGAAGAAGUAGAAUAUGGUCAAACCCACAAGCAUUGGAGUUGCUAAGUAGAGAGAAGGGACCAAGCCAAGUCCAGACCCUCAGAGUGAAUUCAGGAUCAUUUGUUGCGAAGGAGAUGGCAAGCGACUGUUUCGUAAAUUUGUCGGAGUUGAGAUAUUUGGACGCAGAAUAUACAAUGCUCAUUGGAGAUUUCAGUAAUCUUCUACCAAAGAUGAGAUGGUUUCGUCUGCACUACCACCGAAAUGCGGGUCAUAAUAAGCUGACUAAUUUGAAGAUGGAGAAUUUGACAAUUCUUGACCUCCAUUCAAGCGAUGUUCCAUAUGAUUGGGGAGGUUGGCGCAAUAUCAUCAAGGUGGCAGAAAAGCUGAAGGUUAUAGAUCUUACUAAAUGUUAUAACAUGACGAGACUUCCCUGCUUCCCAACAUCUGGCAGUCUAGAGAUACUGAAUCUCAGUUGCCUCAUGCUGAGAUCUGCGGACCUAGAUCUUGGGAAUUUAAGCAACCUGAAAGUGCUGCUCCUGAAAGGUGGUGGAGUAAGAAAGAUAACGGGUGGAACCAUUGGGGUGCUUAAACAGCUGCGAGAGCUUGAUGUCACAGAAUUCCGUUGUGAGAAUCUAGGAGAAGCCCUUGCUGACAUUGGGGAACUACAGGUUCUUAAACACUUGAGAGCAAGUGGCACUGAUAUUGUGGCGACACAUGGAACUCGGGCUGGGAUUCGGUUACCCACAAGUUUGAAGGAGCUGAUCACUUCAUCUCCCAUUGCUAACCUUUCUGAGCUUAUUGAGAUGGAGACAUUAGUUGUUAGAGACUGUUCCUAUGGGCUUGAGAUCCCCCCAGCAGACACCAUGUGGUGGAAAUUGUCCAAGUUGAAGUCUAUGGAACUCUAUGGAACAAGGAUGACGACGACGAUUAGUCUUCGACCUUUCAGGCUGCUUCCUUCAACUCUUACCAGGCUGGAUAUCCGUGAAUAUUGGGGACUGAAUUGGCUCCCAAAUUUAGAGAAUCUGGAAAACUUGACUUUGCUAUCCAUUCAUGACUGCCCAGCGCUCAAGGAGAUCCAAGGCCUAGGAGGGUUAAAAUCUUUGGAAGUUUUAAUCAUAGAUAGAGUGAGUUUGCGUAAUCUUAUAGGCCUUGACUGUCUUGUGUCUUUGAAAACGUUGGAAAUCUCAAACUGUCAUGAGUUGCGAAGGCUGCCCAGCCUCGCGUCUUUGAGCACUUUAUGCAAAUUUCAUUCAUUUGGAUGUCCACAUCUCGCUGAAAUCCAAGGCAUUGAAGGGCUGAAAUCAUUGCAAGUGCUCAGUAUUAUGAGUGAAGAUAGCUUAAGUCUCCUCGAAGGCCUUGAAACUCUGCUGUCCUUUAACAAGCUGCAGACUUUACAGAUACAGGGUUGCCCUCUUCUCACGUCACUAUCAUCCCAUGUCCAGCAGCAGCUUGGUGAUGGUGGUGGUGGCGGUGCGAGCCGAUUAGUACUUGACUCAUUACGAGAACUGUCCAUAGGUGGAUCUGCAUUGCUGCUGAAGACUAGCUUCGGCCAGAUGCUUCAUCUGUCUAAGUUUUCGAGGCUUCUGGAGUUGGAACUUGAGCAGACGGAGGCUGAUGAUGUAGACAAGGAACUGCUGCUGGAGGGGCUCGAGUCCUUGGAAGAGUUGACAAGACUAACGUUGCGUGGCUUGGCAAUACAGAAACUACCUUCCCUGUCAAAACUGCAAAAGUUGGAAGCGUUAAUUGUCACCGGUGCUUCAAAUUUGCGUGAGAUUGAGGGUAUUGAAGAUUUGAAAUCUUUGGAAUGGCUAGUGCUCAGUAGUUGCACAUCAUUUGAAACAUUACCAGAGGGACUGUCUGGUUUGAAGCGAUUGCGACAAGUUAACAUCGAAGGAUCCACAAACUUGACUGGCCUCUCUGCACUAAGCUACCUACCGCCUAAUGUUUAUGUAUGGGGCCCGAAUCUUCUAUAG